AUGGCUGUACAAUCCAAAGCUGCCCCGCUGCCCCCGUGGGGCUUCGCGGUUGCUGGAUCUACUGGUGCUGUCCUGGCAAAUGCACUGGUCUACCCCUUGGAUAUAGUGAAAACGAGAUUGCAGGUCCAAGUGAAGCGCAAAGACGGAGAGCCCGGGCACGAAGGCGGCGAGCCGCAUUACACCUCAACGUGGGACGCUAUCACCAAGAUUGUGGCGGAGGAUGGCCUCGAGGGGUUAUAUAAUGGAAUCAGUGGAUCGUUGCUGGGUGUGGCAUCGACCAACUUUGCCUACUUCUACUGGUACUCGACGGUCCGAACAUUGUACUUGAAAUCCCAGAAGACCGCCAGCCCUCCAUCGACAUUGGUAGAACUGAGCCUCGGUGCCAUUGCAGGAGCGCUGGCGCAAGUGUGCACGAUCCCCGUCGCCGUUAUCACGACUCGGCAGCAGACACAGAGCAAACACGAGAGGAAAGGCUUCCUGGAAACUGGUCGAGAGGUGAUUGCUAGUGAAGAUGGCGUUUCCGGGCUCUGGAGAGGUCUGAAGGCGAGCUUGGUUCUCGUGGUGAAUCCCUCAAUUACAUAUGGUGCCUAUGAGCGCCUCAAGACACGCAUGUUCCCCGGAAAGGCACGCCUCACGGCCGGUGAAGCUUUCUUACUUGGUGCCAUGUCCAAAGCUCUGGCAACGAUUGCCACACAACCCUUGAUUGUUGCCAAGGUCGGGCUGCAAUCCAAGCCUCCUCCGAUUAGACAAGGAAAGCCCUUCAAGGGCUUCAUCGAAGUGAUGCAAUUCAUCAUUAAGCACGAGGGUGCUCUGGGCCUGUUUAAGGGAAUAGGCCCCCAGAUCCUGAAAGGGCUGCUGGUUCAAGGCAUCCUAAUGAUGACAAAAGAACGUAUGGAGUUGCUCUUCAUCUUAUUGUUCCGUUAUGUGCGCCAAGCAAGGGCAAAGCAAUUGGCUGCUGCCAUGGAGUUGGCAUCAAAGGCCAAAGCUGCAGUCCCACUCACCGUGAAAUAG